AUGAAAUUCCUGAUUGUUGUUGCUCUCGCCGUCGCCGCCGUGUGCGCUGAUGAGGAUGUGAAGAAGACCGAAAAGCGUGGUAUCUCCAGUCUCGGCUAUGGCGGUCUUGGCUAUGGCGGUCUCGGCUACAGUGGUCUCGGCUACGGUGGCCACGGUCUGGGAUAUGGCUCCGGCUAUGGAAUCGGACACGGUAGCUAUGUUGCACCAGUAGCCGUCAGCAAAGUGUACACCACUCAUGGCGGAUAUGGUGGUUACUCCGGUCUCGGCGGAUAUUCUGGUCUCGGUGGAUACUCUGGUCUCGGAUACUCUGGUCUUGGUGGAUACUCUGGUCACGGAUACUCUGGCCUUGGCGGUUACUCCAGUGGUUACUCCGGCCAUGGUGGUUACUACAGCUCGCCCAUCUACAGCGGAUACGGAUAUGGCGGACACGGUCUCGGCGGUUACGGCGGUCUCGGAUACUACGGACAUCAUUAA